UCCACGAUAAAAAGCAUCACUCAUCGCUCGACACGAAUCCAAACUAAGCUCAGAUUCUAUCUUCCAAUGUCGUCGUCGUCUUCUUCUUCUUCUUCCGAAGCGAAAUGGCUGUUCGAUGUCUUCCUCAGCUUCAGAGGCGAGGACGUCCGCCGCGGCUUCCUCGCUGACCUCCACAGGUGUCUGCUUCAUCGAGGCAUCAACGCCUACAUCGACAGCGAGGACCUGAGGCGCGGGGACGAGAUCUCGCCCGCCCUCAUGAAGGCCAUCGAGGAGUCGCGGAUCGCCGUGCUCGUCUUCUCCAAGGACUACGCUUCGUCUAGGUGGUGCUUGGACGAGCUGGUGAAGAUAAUGGAGUGUAGGGGGCUCAAGAAACAGCUGGUGCUGCCCGUGUUCUACAAAGUGGAGCCCGGGGUGAUUCGAGGGCAGGGAGAGAGUUAUGGCAAGGCAUUGGCCAGCCACGAGAAGAAAUUGGGACAGGAUCCUGAGAGGGUGAAGAAAUGGAGGGAAGCCCUAACUGAAGCCGGCAAUUUGUCCGGUUGGCAUUAUGACCAUGGAGAUGGUACCAAGUUCAUUGAGGGCAUCGUCAAAGAGAUCUCGAAUAUAGUAGCACGAGCACCCUUGAGUGUUGCCAAGUAUCCCGUCGGUGUAGGUUGCCGGGUAGAAAAAGUAAUGUCGUUGUUGAGUAUGGGCUCGGAUGAUGUUUGGAUGAUAGGAAUAUGGGGAACUGGAGGUGUAGGGAAGACCACUAUCGCUAAUGAUGUCUAUAACAGAAUUUAUAGUCAGUUUGAUGGGUGCAGCUUUCUUGCAAAUAUUAGAGAAACUUCCGGUAGACCUGAUGGCCUAGUUCAUUUGCAGAAAACGCUGCUAUCCCAGAUAUUAUGGAAAGAAAAUUUAGAGGUCUUAAGUGUGGAUGGAGGCGCUAAUUUGAUACGAGAUAGACUUUGUUGCAGGAAGAUUUUACUUGUGCUUGAUGAUGUGGAUCAUGGGGACCAGUUAAAUGCAUUAGCUAGAGAAUGUGCAUGGUUUGGAAAAGGGAGUAGGAUCAUCAUUACAACGAGAGAUAAACAUGUACUUACUUCUCAUGGGAUUGAUCGGGUAUAUAAAGUUGAACCAUUAGAUCGAGGUGAAGCAUUUGAACUUCUCAGUUCAUAUGCUUUUCCAAGAAACCAGACGAAAGACAUAAGCAGGGAUCUCAUAGAUAAUAUUUUGGGCUACGCUAAUGGCCUUCCCUUGGCGAUUGUGGUCUUGGGUGCCUUUUUACAUGGUAGAAGUAGAGGGGAAUGGAAGAGUACAUUGGAAACACUUAGCUGAAAGUCCUAAUAAAGAUAUAAAUCAUGUCCUCAAGAUAAGUUUUGAUGCGCUGGACAACAAUCAGAAGAACAUUUUUCUUGACAUUGCUUGCUUCUUUAAGGGGAGAGAAAGGGAUUAUGUAACUAGAGUUCUUGAUGGUUGUGGUUUAAAGACUUUAAUUGGGAUGCAGACUCUAAUAGAGAGAUCCUUAGUAACAAUUGAGAAUGACAGCACAGUACAAAUGCAUG